AUGAACGUUACACUUGGUUUCACGCAUUUGGAUAGCAGACGAAACGAAACGGAGCUCCCACCGGUUAACCCGAAUGAAUUCAACGAUGAGAUCUAUCUCUAUUUGAUGCAGCUGCACAAACUUCAAAUGCAACAGAGACAUAGUACCGAUUUUCCUCAGAUUCCAGACCAUGUUCAGCAAGCACGCAAUCUUGUCUCUGCCUUCUUAAGCUUCACUGAUAAAUUCGUGGAACGUGCGAUCGCGAUUCAAAUAGAAUGCGAUCAAUGCCAAUUAACAUACGAACAGUUGUCAUUCGAGCAUUCAACGAAUGACGAUCAUGCUCGUAUAUAUCGCGCGGCGGUACGUCUUAACAAUUUGGUUGAUGCUCAUGCAUCGCAUGAGCCCGCAGAUCAGGAGGGAUUCUUCUUGGCCAAGUUAUCAUGUUCUAUUGUUCUUGGGAAGCUUCAAGCCAGUGAACGGCUAUCUUGUCUGAUGACAGAAAUUCCAAACAAUGUUUGGAGCUCGAGAAGACAACAAGAUGGAGAAGUUCCCCCAACCUCUGAUGAGACAUUGCGGUUAGAAUGGAAAAAGUUACAAAGUGAUCUCAAAGCUUUGUAUCAUCAUUAUCUAUAUGUUUUGAGAUGCAUGGAGGUAGUGGAAGAGUCAAAAACUGACCGUACGCGCGAGCAAGCCAUUGCAAAAGUUCGAUCAGAGCAGCUCAGUUUCGAGGAUCGGGUAAAGACAAUUAUAUCCAGAAGGCCUAGCGAGAUUGCUUGUCAGGAUGUUCCCUCCCAUCACGUCUUGAAGAAUACUACGGCUCCAGGAAAAAAGUCGCGUGAUUUUACACUGAAGAUGCCUAUUCGGACCAGAUUCGAAAAGUCCGAUACUCUGGUUAAGUCAUCGGAAGAUCACGCCAAGGUUGCAAGAGAAGCCUGUGAUCGAUUUCUAGAUAGCCUGAAAGGCUUCUCUCGCAGUACGGGCAAUAUUCAAGACUCCCCAUCUGGUUCCGAUUGCUCCGAUGAGCAAUCUUCAUGUUUGGCUGUAUCAGAUGGUGAAACUACAAACAACAGCACAAUUCCCCACCAAGAUACAUUUGCUUCGCUGUCAAAGUCAUGGAUACUCCUUAGGACGGCACAGUCAAGGGAUCAUUUAGGUGGUCUUAGCAGUAGUGAGGAAGCUACAGAAGGACCAAGCGGUGACAACCAUAGAAAGCGCAAACAUCAAGGGGCUCUGAAAAAAGGUCAAGCCAGUCGCAGCGUUGCCCACGAAACGUCAGCUUCGGGCGGCUUCGAAGAAGAAGUGGAGGGCGGAGACUCAGGAGAAAACAGCGAAGAUGAAGACAAUGAUAAAGGAAGAAAGAAGCAAAAGUUGCCAGUGGAGGGCGAAUCGAGAGGGUUUGCUUGUCCAUUCUUCAAGCGUAACCCAGAAAAGCAUGCUAAGUUGCAGACAUGCUCAUCAACAGUAUUCUUAACUAUACACCGUCUUAAAGAGCACCUGUAUCGUCAACAUAGAUUACCUAUUCACUGUCCUCGAUGCCUUGAUCAGUUCUCCACGACCCACGAUCUAGAUAACCAUCUCCGCCAAGACAAUCCAUGUGAACGCAAAGAUGGCCCGCAUUAUACUGGUUUUGGUAUAGAUAAGGAGCGUAUUUUACGUAACCGGAAACGAAACGCGAAUAACGCUGAAGGAUGGAAAGAAAUUUACCGCGUGCUCUUUCCAGAUGACAAAGACGACGAAAUUCCUCCUCAUUAUCACGAUAAACAGAUAAAAUCAAUUCUAUACUAUAAUUCAUUGGUUAAAAAACAGCUUUGCAAACGACUACCCAUCCUGAGCGGAAAGAACCAUGAGCUUAUAGAUCCGGCUAUUACUCUCAAUCGGGAUAAGAUGAACGAACCCCAACUCCUCAGUAUAAUCAACGAAUCCCUAUCGAAGGCUUUGAAGGAAUUCCAGUUAACAUCGAUCACAGAAGGUGCUGAGAAUAACAUCAUCAAUAGGUCUCUUGAAGUCAGUGACCAAGACUUCGUAGACCCAAACUCCAGUCGUCAUUCUCCGCAAAAAUUGAAUGGUAAUGACCCUAACGAGGAACAUAAGGUCCAAAACAAGCCUGAGGGAUACAAUGAUCCUGUCAGCAACUCUGGGUUGCUGUCUGGUCAAAGUGGCUCGCUAUAUCCAAUGGAGCAGGUCGCGCAUGAAGACGACUGGUUCAAAAGUACAUUGGACUUUCCAUAUGACUAUUGGGGAUUUCAACAUCCUUUCUGACGUGGAAUGAAUUCUAAACUUAGUCAUCCACGGGUGUGAUCCCUUAAAACCCUUUUUUCGGGCUAGAUAUGGCCGUCAAACUGCAGAGAUGAUUGCAUAGCAGAACACUUCUGCUUAGAGCAGAAGGAGCGGUUUUAGAUUCGAUGAGUAUUUAGUUCUGAGAACUUUUUACUUCGUUCAUAGCAUUAUUCUCCCAUGUUCAAAACUGACAGCAUGUGGUG